AUGAUGCUGAUCAUCUUAACAGUUUUUCUCCCAGUGGUGCGGCUUGAGACAGAAGAGAGACUAGAAAACUGUCAAGCUCUUAAAGAAACAACCGUGCCCCUCAAGAAUCUUUCUGACUCACUGAAAGAAGAACUCGAAAAGGACUCAGCCCCCAAAAGUUGCGAUAUUGACGGUAUUGCUACAUACUAUAUUGGAUCUCCGGACACAUCCAAUAAGCUGCUGUUCACAGCUGUAUGCAUCUCCGCAAAAGAGCUUAAGGAAUCUCCCUAUUGCUAUAACACGACGUCGACAAAUGGAAUCUUCAGCGGUUCAAAAAUUUCGGAGGAACGGUUCAAAAGCUUCUAUGGGAACUGUAGCAACGAUCUAGAAAUCGAGCUUGAACAGAUGACUUCUGAAACAGAAAUUCUGAGUGAAUAG